AGAAUGUGUCACCACCUGAGGGCAGUUUGGUCUCUUCCUCCAUUAUGCCAUGUGCAGAGAGUGCCACCUCCUCCAGCCUGGACUCAUCCACACCUCCUCAAAACUCAGCCUUGAGGACGUUUGACCCUCUGAACUCAACAGAAAACACACCAGUCAGGAGUGAGUCCAGUCUGGCCAAAAGUGUAAAUCCUGUCCUUGGGGACUCCAUGAGACCACAUGUUGAGAAUGAAGCGGAGACAUCAAUAAUCAAACCCGCAGAGCAACCAUUGAAGACACCUGUUCCUGUAAAGGACAUAACAGAAAAACAUAUCGUCAUACCUGUAGAGGAACCACUGAAGACACAUGCAGACACUCCUAAAACAGAUAUAGUGGAGAAACCUACAGAAAAACCUGUAGAGGAUCCAAUGAAGACACCUACAGAUGUUCCUGUAGAGAACAUAGUGGUAAAACCUGAAGAAGAAUCACUGAAGACAUACACAGAGACUCUGGUGGAUGGAGCUUCAACAGAUCAAACACAAUCCAGUGGAUCACUGCAGGAGAAUACAGUCAAAACUCCACAUGAGAACCCAGCAAAGCCUUUAGAGAAUAAAGAAGACAACACAGUUGAACAAGUCACAAUAGCACAAGCCCCUGUAGUAGAGGCUCCACUCCAACCAAGUGAUCAUGGGGAACUUUCACUAGUAUCUGCUCUGGAAACUCCAACUACAGAGCUGACCGAAGAACCCUCUGAGGUAGCCCCAGAAGAGCACAAUAGACUGAACAGUGAAGCUGAAUUGAAGUAAGUCAUUUAUAAGACACCUUCAUUAAGA